CCGCCUCUUCUCCCCCUAUCUCUGCCAAUCAUCCUCACUCCGCCUCCUCUUCGUGAAACGUUUCUCCGUGUAGUGGGGUAUUAACCCUUUUCGCGUGUGCAGCCAGGGAAGAGGGAAAGGGGGGCACUUGUUUAAAUCUCUCCCGCUCAACUGCAGUAAAUCUCGUUCGGUAUUAGAAAGGUUUUUUUUUUUUUUCUCCCCUAACACUCCGGGAGGGCUGAAAUGGCGGCCAACAUGUACCGGGUCGGAGAUUACGUGUUCUUUGAGAACUCUUCCAGUAACCCGUACCUCAUCCGAAGAAUAGAAGAACUCAACAAGACCACGAACGGCAACGUUGAAGCGAAGGUGGUCUGCUUCUACAGGAGACGAGACAUUUCAAACAGUCUAAUACAGCUCGCGGAUAAGCAUGCAAAGGACCUGGAGGAGGAGAGGCGGAGCCCCAGCGCGCCCGAGCUGACAGAGAAACACAAGCACCAGCUGAGACACCGGGAGCUCUUCCUGUCCCGGCAGUAUGAGUCUUUGCCAGCCACUCACAUCAGGGGGAAGUGCAGCGUGGCCCUCCUGAAUGAAACGGAAGCUGUGCUUGGCUACCUUGACAAAGAGGACUCUUUUUUCUAUUCUUUGGUGUACGACCCCACACAGAAGACUCUCCUGGCAGACAAGGGGGAGAUCCGAGUGGGACCUCGAUUCCAGGCAGACGUUCCUGACAAGCUGCUGGAAGGUGAACCUGAUGACCGGGACCUGUCGAAACUAGAAGUGAAGACGUGGGACCCAGACUGCCCGCUGACGGACAGGCAGAUAGACCAGUUUCUCGUUGUUGCUCGUGCGGUGGGGACGUUCGCCCGAGCCCUUGACUGCAGCAGCUCUGUGAGGCAGCCCAGUUUACACAUGAGCGCCGCCGCAGCAUCCAGAGACAUCACACUGUUUCACGCGAUGGACACCCUGCACCGGCUGGACUACGACCUGACGACCGCGAUCAGCAUCCUGGUGCCGCAGGGCGGGCCGGUGCUGUGCCGGGACGAGAUGGAGGAGUGGUCCGCCUCCGAGGCAAACCUCUUCGAGGAGGCUCUGGAGAAGUACGGCAAGGACUUCAACGACAUCCGGCAAGACUUUCUUCCUUGGAAAUCCCUCACUAGCAUCAUUGAAUAUUACUACAUGUGGAAGACGACUGACCGGUACGUGCAGCAGAAACGCCUUAAGGCUUCAGAGGCUGAGAGCAAGCUGAAACAAGUUUACAUCCCGACCUAUAACAAGCCCAACCCCAAUCAGAUCUCGGUGAGCAAUGGGAAGCCGCUGGUGAUGAACGGUGCAGCUGGCGCCGGGGUUGCCCAGUCCCUGAACUCGGCGCCGAGCCGAGCCUGCGAGAGCUGCUUCUCCCUGCAGUCUGCGCAGUGGUACUCGUGGGGACCCCCCAGCAUGCAGUGCCGGCUGUGCGUGUCUUGCUGGGCGUACUGGAAGAAGUACGGGGGUCUCAAGAUGCCGAGCCGAGGAGAGGAGGAGGAGGAAGAGGAAGGGGAGGGGGAGGGAGAGGGAGAAGAGAAGCCGGCGCCCAGACCAGCACCCACGGAGGUGCGAUCCCGAGGGCACGGGCAGCGCCAGUCUGCGUACUCCAUUCCCAUCCGCAACAGUGGCAGCCCCAGGUCGUCCACGAAGACACGGCAAACCUUCCUGCUGCAGGCCACGCGCAUCACCAAGCUGGCGCGCCACGUGUGCCGGGACCUGCUGCGGCUUCGCCAGGCGGCGCGCCGGCCCUUUGUUCCCAUUAACUGUGCUGCCAUUAAGGCAGAGUGGCUGGAAUCAUGGAUGAGUCUUCCCAGGGAUAUUAAAACAGGAGAAACGAUCCCGAGCAUUGCUGGAUUGGACACGCAAGCAUGGAGCUGCUUGUGAGAGUCAAUGGAUAGAAGAUCAAAGUGGCUUGAAGAGAGAACGGAACAUUUCAUUUAUCUGAGAGACAAAGUAAAGGCAGCCUGUGAAGUGUGCUUUCACUGUGAUGCGCUGCUGUGCUCAGAGUGGAUCAGGGUCCAUUAAGGCAGCACUAUGUUUGCUGAGAGAUUCUUCUUGCUUUGGCUCUGCUUGAUUAUUUUUUUUUUGUUUGUUUUUUACAUGAAAGCAAAGCAAUUCAGACAUGUUCCCUAUGAACAGAAUGCAUUUGUUUGUUUGAAAGAGUAGGGAUUAGGCCAAAGAAGCAAGACAUUGCUGAUUGCAUGGAAAGGGCUAAAGAUUCCCCCCUGCCCCACCUCCCUCCAAAAUAAAACACUCAUAUUUGAGUUUACUUUCCAAUGUUACACACAAUUUCAUCAUCUGAGGUUUUUUUUUGUUUGUUUUACUAUGAAAAUGUUUUUAUGUUAGUAUGCUGACCUCGCACAUUGCAAGCGAGAGUCUUAACCACCAUGCAAAAGAGCCGGGCACGUCUGCAUUCGGUGUUCUAAAGCUUCUCACCGACAAGGGACUAGACUCUGUAUGAACAAUGCAUCACACAGCACUGCCUCCCGACAAGGGACUAGACUGUAUGAACAAUGCAUCACACAGCACUGCCUCUUACACGCUCUUCCCCUUUGUCUAAACAAAUUCAUUAUUUAUUUUCAACACAUAACAUGUUCUCAUCAUGAGCACACGGUUCACAGAGACCCCAUUCCGUUUUUUAAAAUGAAAUGCAGUUUGUUUAAAACAAUUGUUUUGUUUCCAGUGCUUGAUGGGUUUUAGUGGGAAACAAAGCAGGUGAGAUUGCAGUGUGUUCAGGAGGUGAGAUGAAAAGGUAGGGAGAAGUGAGAAAGCAGCAGAGUCUGGAGUUUCAAUAUAGAGUCCUGAUUGACGGUACACCCAGCAGAGAAAUGUUCAGAUGCAUUUUAAUAAUAGGAACAUGUACUUUAGCUGCUGUUUUAGGCUUGUCUCUGAAUUGACAUGAAUUGCAUUUUGAAUUCAGACAGGACUUUUCAGUGUGCCUCAGUGCAUUAGAGCUGGGGGUUUGAUGCUUGUGGCAGCUCUGGUGCUCUAUUCAUUCUUGCCUUGCGUUUUAAUGGUUUUAAAAUGACAGCCAUGCACUGUUAAAAUGACACAUUGAUACGUAUGUUUUAGGCCUAUUUUAAUACUUUUAUUCUCAACAUGGUGACCUGUGAACUGCAGUUACAGGGCUGCAUAAUGAACUGAACAGUGAUUUUUAAAUACUGAAUAGAAACAUUUCUUGUUUUUAUCUGUGGUGCAGCAAGCUACAUGAAGAAUUGAGCGGUUGUUCAAACAAUUUCUUAAUACAUUUGCGAGUGAUUCAAGUAUCAUGAGGAAACUGACAAUUUGGAUGACCAGAUCAAACCUGUCAGUACAUUUUGAACCCUGUUUUGUGCACCUUGUUGCAAAAAUAAAGUUAGCAUCUCUUUAUUUGUGGGACACAUGUCCCUUGUACCUUAAAGGGUUAAACCUCCAGUGUACAAAUAAAACUUCAACUGUGCAUUGACCUGUUCAACACAACCUCAAUACAACUUCUCUACUGUGCACGGACCUGUUCAACACACCCUCAAUACAACUUCUCUACUGUGCCCUGACCUGUUCAACACAACUUCUCUACUGUGCCCUGACCUGUUCAAUACAACUUCUCUACUGUGCCCUGACCUGUUCAACACAACCUGACCCCAGAUUAAAGCAAUAGCGGAGCCGAUUCGAGGCCAGCUGAGUUUAGAUAAAGACUGCAAAUACUGAAACAUUGAACUAUGAAGUCUAGAGCAACUGUCCUGAUUUCCAUGGAGUCCUGAGACAGCCAUAAUAAAAGAAAGAUUGCUUUUAACCAGCCUUUACACUGCAUCAGUAUUCUUGUGCUGUUAAAUGCUACGUGUUUAAACACUUGCACACAUCAUUAGGUUUCUUCUAUUAAAAACUGCUGAUUGUCCAAUAGAAAGCUGUAUUAUGGAGGCCAAUGAACCAUACAGCUCAAGAACCCCCCUGCAUUAACCAGCUCCACAAUCCAUCCAUCCU